GAACGUUACCAUAUUGCGGCGAUUUGACAGGUCAGCUUCGAGCCACUUUUUAGCUUUCUGAGUAGCGUAUUUUAAUUUUAUUUCGUUAUCCUUUCAUUUACGCGUAAUGAGUAAUUUCUAUGUAGUCGUAAUGGUAGAUUUCUUGUUAAAUUAGAUUGUUUCUAAGUGCACUUACAGUGUUAUAUAAACUGUAGAGCUAAUAGUGUCGGCAGUCCCGAUGUGUAUAACUACAUAGUACGUCAGUGAUCGAAUGGUGUGGCUGUAGAUAAUGGAUGUGGAUGCUCCUAACAUAUUGAAAAGGUGCAGCAGCGCACCUCUAAUCAAUGAGGCGGCCUCUACGGCGGCUAUUUCGCCUACGACCAACAUAGCGCCCAGGUAAAGUAUAAGGAACACGUUCUUCAGCAUGUUCAGUAACAACAACGUGUCGAGAACGCGCCGCCACAGCGGCAGCUUCAGUCCCCUGGUAGCGCCCGUCACCGUCACUAACUCGUGGGGUCCCCGGCUGACGCCGCGCGUGAACCAGCUACGCGCCGAGGAGUGCGCGGACGUGAGCAACACGCGGGAGGUGGCGCACGAGCGGGAGGUGCACUCCGCCAUGCAGAUGGGCCAGUCCUGCGAGGACCUCACCCUCGUCUCCGGGCUGGCCAACUCGCCCACUAGGUUGCACAGAUUCUCCCCAGUGGUAUCGCCAUCACCGACCAGGAAGUACACAACACGGCGCAGCCUUUCGCCCAUCGCGAUCCGAGCGUCGAGCUUCAGCCCAGUGAGUAGUCGACCGAAUAUGUUCGUAGCCAAGCGGCGGUGCGACGAGACUGAUUCGCCGCUUUCCAAACGUAUGUGCACGUCGGAUAGGUUGACUCCCUCAACGCCCGGCACCCCUGACUCUGAUUCCCUGGAGUGCACCUUUAGGCCGGUCUCGCCCCGAGCCCAACCCAUGAACGAGUCGCCGCAUGAAUCACAAGACAACCACAAAUCCCCCAACCCCAGCUAAUAGUGUGUGGAUAAGUGUAAGGACAAUUUAGUCCAGGAAUUUCAAAUUCACUACCUAACGGCAAUGGAUUUAAGAUUGAAUUUUGCACUUGCCGACAGGUGGAUACGUUUUUUGUGUAACGUGGAACAUGUGUAGUCGAGUCUAGCGCCGUAUUCACAUAUUAACUACUUUUGUCUCGUCACUAUUGAGAAAUAUCGGUGUCCCAGGUAUUGCAAUGUCCAAUUUUAUGCAAGUCUAUGUACGUACAAUGAAAUUCCUGGGCUAUUGGUUCAGUGACGAGCCAGUGAAGGCGCUAAAUCUACGUUAGGAAGUAAAAAUGGACCUAUUUACACUGUAAUAUAGGGUUCAAAUUGCAUGUGUUUGUUCCGACACACUGAACUAGCUUACACCAAUAUCUGUUCCUAAUAUUGAAGUAGUCUAGGAAUUACACAUGGAGCGAAAUGCGAACGCCCUGUUGAUAGCCAAAGCAUUCAAAACUUUAUUGUAAAUAUUUUAGUCGCGUUCCUAUGUAUUGAACGCAGUAAUGUAUAUAUUUAUAGUGAUAAGAGAAUGUAGCCAUGAAUAUAGAACGUAUGGUAAACAAAAUGUCUUACGCAGACGUACAUUUCAUAUUAUUGUUCAUCCGCCGUUAUUAUUUAUUACGAAUUUAUUGAGUAUCUCGACGUUCUAAGUCCGGUAUCUGCUCGCCGCUUGCCCGUAUUAGUGCGAAUUUAUAGAUAUAUAUUAGCCUAAUUUAGUUGCGGAUUUCCAUGCAUGAUGUGAUCAUCUGAUACUAUCCAGUGAUUUUUGUCUUUAACCAUUGUUUAAACAUUAAUAUUACCAUUCGUAAUGCAUGUUUAAAAGUAUUCCUUCUAAUUUAAGUUACAAAGGCGUCGAGGUUCUCUGUACUCUAGAGUUAAAUAAUCUAAUCUGUUGAUUUUAAUUUCAGUGUUAAGGGCCCAGUGCACGAUGAUUUUGCGUUAUUUUUUUUUUUUCACCACCCAGUCGUUUUUGUUUAAAAGUACAUUGUUCCAAACAUGAAAAGAAAGUCAUUGAGCAUCUAUUAGUACAUAAUUGUAUAAUGGUUAUGCUGUUUUUCAUCAAUUACAAUUUAUGAUUGGAGAAAUGGACAGUAAAAGGAUCGUGUACUGGGUGUCUUAGACUUGUCUAUUCAUCCUCAAUUGUGUUCAUUGUGUCACAUAGCAUAGAUGUAUAGAGUUACUCUAAUCUACCUGUAACAUUACAUGUCAGAACUUCACAGUGUUUCAUUAUAUUCUUGCUUAUAUUAUUUGAGCAUAAAAAUAAGGGAUACAUAAGAGUUGUCAUCUGUAAAAUUAAGCAGGAUUCGAAAUUUAAAAUGCGUCACGUUUGGAGAUCUUAUUCCAGAUAUUUAAUGGCAAUGUUAAUUCACAUUGUCAACACAAAAUUGGUUUAGGAAAAUAUGGAAUUGUUUCUGAAACUUUAAAGCCCUGCUAGACUGGUCUUUGGACCCUGCAAAUGAGGAUUAGUCCAAGUAGAGAAAGCUUAUAAAUGGCAACCCUAGCUACAUACAAAAAUUUCUUGUCAUAUUAUUGAAACGGUUUCGUGUAAUUCACUUGUAAUUUUGCAGGUAUUUUGAAGUGCCAAUAUUACCUAUGUAUCAUUUAUUACAUUUAGACGAGUUGUAGCAAUAUGUUAUAUCACAUAUAGAUGGAAUCCUAGCAAGUUUUAGAAGUUGUGUCUGAAUAUGUUUAUGAGCUGGUUAAUUUUUGUUAGGUACGCCUAACAUGAGUAAUAAUAAAUGAGGUUUUCAAAUGAACAAUUGCUUUACGUUAAAGUUAUAAUUGAAAUGCCAUUGGAGACCUGUUAAACACAUAGUCCUGUGUGCUCUUAUAUUGUGUACCAUAUUUUCAUAUUUUUUUUUAACCAUUUUUUUUUUAUAUUUGGCAUAAUUAGUAAACAAUACUGACAUGUCUUUUUAUUUUAAUAAUAUUACAGCAGAAAAAGGUAAUCGAAAUCACAUCAUUUAAAAAAAAAUAAAACAAGAAAAAGAUAAUUGAUUUUGUAUUAAUAUUCGAUUUUUGAAUUAAUAAUUUCGAAAAAGACACGUCAAGAUUAUUGACUAAAUACAAGUGCCCAGUAGCGGGUCGUUUAUGUAUUUUAUGGUAAACGAUUAAUGUGAAUCAUUUUGUGUUGCCAUUUAACAAUUCUCCAUAUCAAACAGCGCCACCUAGCGGGAUAGAUUUUAUCCUACCCGUACGUCAUGCACGCAAAGUUGACGUAGGUCAACCGAUAUGUGUCAGUUACGUAAUGUCAUGUAAGAAAAAACAUUUGUCAGUAUGAAUUUUGAAAAUGAAUAUUAUGCAAUAUUAAUGAAAUUUUUACAAUGAUAUGAUAUAUAGAUAUUUGAUAUGUCUAAUUAGUAGAAAAUCGAAUGUAAUUCUGCAUCACUUUUGCACUUGUAUAUUGAGUAGGUGAAACAUUUUGUAUCUACGUAUUGAAUAUAUAUAUUUAGAUUUUUAGAAUGAAAAAGUGCCUCUGAAGACAAGAGACGGUCUUCUACGUACUUUUUGUCCGUCAAAAUAGAACUCAUAGAGUUGUAUUUUAUUACGUACAUGAGUACCUGGCAUCUCCUAUGUGGUAAAGAUAUACCUACUGUAAAAUAUAAAUCUGUUUAUAUAUAUAUAUAUAUAUAUAUAUAUAUAUAUAUAUAUAUAUAUAUAUACUUGGCAUAUUAGUAAAUAAUCUUGGUAUAUUUUUUUUUAAUUGAACAUCAAAAAGACUUCUCCAUAUUCUAUAAAACAUCAAACCUCUCAUAAAUCUAUUUUAGCUAUUGAACUGUUUUGUCUCUUUCUUUUGUGAUAAAUUCUCUAUUUGAAUGAAAGUGAAACAAAACAGUGUAAUAGUUAAAAUAGGUUUAACCCUUAAAAGCCUGAUUUUUUAAAUCAAAUAAAAAAAAAACGUAAGUUUACCCUUUACUGUGUUUACUAAUGGGGAAAAAUAGUAAAAAAAAAAAAAAAAUUAAAACGAUAUUUUUAUAUAUUUAUUUUGAAAAAAAAAAAAACAUUUGGUAUCAUUUUUGAUACUUUAGGCAUUACGGUAAUCAAAAUAUUUAAAUUUAUUUAACAAUGAAACAAUGCAAACCCCGGUAUCAAAUUUGAAACUUCAGGCAUUUAGAGGUUAAAGAUUUUAGUUUUUACGAAUAAGGGGAUUCGUGUCUUAUAUUAAGCAAUAAUAUGUAACAAACACAAAAACUUUUUUCCUCACUACAUCCACAGUUAUGUUGGUAAAGAUAUCAAGAUUUACUAAUUGUGUCAGGUAAAAAAAAUAUAUACAAUGUACGCGUGAUGCAAACUUGUAGUGUACACAUUAGAGAGUACAAUAUACCAACAUUAUAAAUGUAUGGAUGAAUGUUAAUUAUUGCAUAAUUAACAUAAACAGUCUCCGUGACUCGUUCGUGUAUCAAUAGGGGUUAUUUUAAAUUAUAUAGGAUCAUUUUUUCCAUAUUUUUUUUUUUAUGAUAACGAGAAGCGUUUUUUUUGAUGGGUGAAAAUGGUAUGGUAACCCCGCCUGCGCUACGAUGCGCUGGCGGAGCACCACCGGUGAUAGAUGAGAAUGAAAACAGGCCAGUUAGCCCAUUAUGAUGAAUUCAUCAGGAAUUAACCAUGAUAGUUUCCAGGGAGAACUAGCGAGGAGGUCGACCUGGUUGGGUAUAUUGCUAGCAAUGGGAUUCUCGGUCUCCAUUAUUAAUAAUUCCUUUCCCCCUUUCGGCAAACGAGAAGCGUUACGUUCAAAUUAUAAUUACUAUAUACUGUAAGAUUUUUUUACAUACGCCGCAUGUGCCCAGGCAUAAAAUAGGCCACCCCUUCCUUUCUUGUAGGUGUUGUAACUGGUGACUAAUGGAGAGCGAGGGAUGGACAGCAGUGUACCUCUUAAAACGUCUCUAAACACCUAACUGCGGUUGCCAACUCGCUUGCUAAGCGUGGCAACUACUGGCUAAACUCCCCCUUAUGAGGAAGUCUUAUGUUCAACAGUGCACAGUUAUUGGCUCAAAUAAUAAUAAUAAUAUAAAGUAGACAAAUAAAUCUGAGAUUGUACAAGCAAAAAUUUUGCAAUAUAAUUUCUCUACCAUUUUUUACAAAAAAUAAUCGUUUCUUUUUGUUAAAAUAGUUUUAUUAUUCGAUUCAGUUUUCAAGCGUUCUGAUUUACUUAUACAUUGAUGAAUCAGUGAAGUCUUCAUCAUCAUCAUCAUCAUCAUUAUCAUCAUCAUAUCAGCCGUUAAUUAUCCACUGUUGAACAUAGGCCUCCCCCCGAGUGCGACCUGCCAUAGUUGGCACGAUUAGCCGGCGGGUUGGUAACCGCAAUUAGGCGGGGGGAAAGGGAUUGUUACUAGCAAUACAAUUUUAGGUUGACCUCCACGCAGUUUUCCCAGGAAACCUGGUUAAUUCUAGUAGAAUUCGUCACAAUGGGCUAACUGACCUGCUUUCAUCAUCUAACAUAUCUCACUGGUGCCCCGCCAGCGUAUACCGAUAGCGCAGGCGGGGUAACCAUUCCAUUCACACCCAUAUAAACAAUACCGCAAUUAGGCUUUAGUGAUGUUUAGAGGGACGCUGCUGCCCAUCCCUCGACCAAUAAUUUCCGAUAUACGAUACCCACAGGAAAAGAAAGUCUACAUAUGGUUCGAUAUAAAUACUUUGUACAAGAAUUAAAAGGUAGAAUUAUUUUUGCGAAUUGACUCUCGACGGACACUCGCUACUAUAUAUUAUCUAAGAGUUUUAUAUAAUGAAGAUCAGAUUUUGUGAAGUAAUGUCUUUUAAGGUGGCAAACAAGCAUACGGCCCACCUGAUGGUAAGCGGUUACCGUAGCCUAUGAACACCUGUAAUACCAGAGAUAUUACGCGUGCGUUGCCGAUCCUGAAAAAACCUCUUUAACCCCCUUUUAAAGAAUAGUAAAAUAGGCAAAUUUUUAUCAAUAUAUUUAAUAGCCAUGAUCCUAUAUGAUUAUAUAAUAUAACCCUAUGUGAAUUAUCCAAUCAUAAUUGAGAACUAGUAAAUGAUGUAGUUUUGCAGGCUACUAAUAGGCUACCCGUGUGUGAUGGAUUCGAUUUGGACUCAUAAAUAUUUCAGUUGCACAACUUUACCGCUCCGAUGUGUCGGUUUGUUGGAUUACCUCAAAUACAAUGCAAAAUGUAUUGUGGAAUUUGUGUUUACUAUUACUAUUUUAUGAGGCAAUAUUACAGGCAUGAGUAUUUUCAUGCCUCUGUUGAACGGUUGUCUGUAUUGAAAAAAAAAUGUUUUUUGUUAACAAAUUAAUACUUUGCUAUAUUAUUUCUCAAACUUGCCUAUAUUAUGCUAUGUGCAACUUUGAGAAAUUAAAUAUCUACUAUGUGUUCAAAUAUAGAACUUUAUUAGACUUUAAUAGAUGUCGCUACUGUACCACUGUGUGAUUUUGCCAUAAGUAAAAAGUGCCUAAUUGGUCGCUGGCUAAAUUGUCAAUUUGCUAUUAUUAUAUUAAUAUGUAGCUGUGACCCCUGUCGUUCAGAUAUUUUCGGAACAGUGAGGUAGCUCAGUGAGACCUGUGAAGGUUCCAGGAAGCUUCUGUGCGGAACUAGGCUGGUUGUACUAGCCAUCAUACGCAUUUUUUUUUAUGCAACUUAGAAUGGCAAACAAGCUGACGGCCCACCUGAUGCAGUGGUAACCGUCGCCUAUAGACAUGAGCAGUACCAUGGACAUAACAGAGUAUACUGUUUCGCCCAUGAUACCCCCCAUGCGUUGCCAUUCCUGAGGACUCAGAUCUUAUUCCUCUGUACCCUGUAAAUGGCCCAAAUAAAAGGUUUAGCGCUGAAAAGUUGACAUGAAAAUAGUUUUACGUUUAUAGAAAAAAAUAUGUGAUAUUUUUGAAUUGGUAUUACGCGAAGGGCAUAUGCUAUCGAAUGGUAACUCAUAACAUUUAUUGGUACAAUAUAUCUUUUAUUGAUGGAUAAAAAUGAAAUGGCUUCCAUCCCCGUACUUCUAGUUAACGCUAGUAGGAUACCAGUGACACUGAGGGGUGAUAGUUGAGGACGAAAUCAGAUCAGGCACUCUAGACAAGUGGCAAGCGAAUUCAUAGACGAAAUCGGCAUCGCUAGCGAGUCCAUGAGUUGGAAUGAGACAUCCGAUGUUGCUAUAUCGUUCUAUCUCAGUCUCGCUAGCGAUGUCAACUUCAUCGACGAAUUCGCUUGCCAUUUGUUUACAGGGCCAGUUGUUUUAUCGCUAUGAAUUCAUCAUAAAUUAAACGGUUUCUAGAGCGAACCGCGUCUAGGGUCGAUCUGACAAGGUGUAUUAAUCGUGUAGUCUGUUACAAGACCUAUAAAUGUGUAUUGUUCCUAGUUUGCAGAAAAACAAGUGGUACCUAGCGCCAUCUAUUGAGGUCUAUAGAACUAUAUGGAAUACCCAAGUUACAAUUACGGCGCAGCCAAUGUAACAUAGAAUAUACCUGUGAACUUUACACCUGUAAUAAUAGCGAUGAUUUUACAUUGUACUCGCUGCGUUUGCCCGAUGUAAUAAGAUUUAUACCGCAUAUUGAUUCAUUUGCGUUACCUAUUCCACAUCUAUGGAGAAAUAUCUACAAAAAUUAAUGUCCAGUGUUAAUAUCCAAGUUCUCAUUACGCUCAGUACCUACCGUGUAAAGUAGGUAUUAUAUUUUGUAAUUUUUUUAUGUAUAGUUGAAGUCGAUUGAUGCCAGGCUUCUGGAAGUACCAUUUUGUUUCAAGUGAUUAAAUCACAAUAUGAAAUUA